AUGGUAAAAAUCUUUAGUUCAACACCAAAUGCUUGGUUUAUGGAUAUCUUGGAAAACAUUCCGAGAGUUAGAACAGAUGGACCACCAUACUGGCUAAUAUUUGUUGGUCAAAACACAAGAUACUGUGAAGCCAUACCAUUAUGGUCCAAAAAUAUUUUAGAUGUGAAAACUGCUUUGACAAUAUUCGUUGACAAAUACCAUCCAACAAACUGA